AAUCUUAAUAACCCAAAACAUUCCUUAAUGCCCCGCCCUCGUAAAGAAUACUUCGGUGAAUCUGACCCUUCAGAUAACGAUUCUGAAAACUCUAGUGAUAGGGAGUUUGAAAAACGCAUAAUGAUGGAUGAGCCUAAAAGAGAAGACUCUGAGCCUGCUGAAAUUCUUGACUCAGAUUACUGCUUAAACUACCCUGGCGAGUACUUCACGCACCAGAUCGACAACAUAAUCUCGCAUCGGACGAAAUACAUGCAUUCUGAAAUCACCAAUCACUUAAAGAAAGAAGAGGAGAACCAGAACUCCCAAGGCAGCAUCAACGAUGAUAUCCAGGAUAUCCUUGAAGCCAAUGAGAAGGAAAAGGAGAAAUACAAGGAAGAAGAAGUCGAAGAUGAAGUCAAGCUUGAAAAAGGCAAAAUCAAAAGGACUAAGAAGAGCAAGAAGAAGCAGGAUAGCAUAAAGGAAGCCCAACAGGAACCACAAGCAGAGAAUACAAUGAAAGAACCAGAAGAAAGGCAAGAGAAGAAUUAUGCAAAUCUUACGGAGGAUGACUUUAUCUUUUUGAUCAAGUUUGUCAAUAAGAGUCAUCAUUAUUGCAAGUGGAUGACACAGACGGAGAUCGUGAAUCAUAGUGCUGAAGGGGAGCAGAAGUUGAAGAGGUAUAAGAGUAGGAUGAUGAAACAUGGAGGACUUCUUCCAACACAAUGUGUUUAUGAUGAUGCUUUUGAUCCUUCUUACUUGCAAGUUGAAAGGAUUCUUUUUACUACAAACAUGUUCCCGGUUGUACAUCCAAGACUUGUCAAAAAGACAGAAGGAACUUGGCUUGAAGAUCUUCAAAAAGUGAUGUGCAUUCUCUUAAACUUCAGCAAAAGAACGCAUAAUAUUGGACUGCAUUUUCUUGAUAUUAACUAUAACCCUGAAAAUGAUGAAAAUAGGAAGAAAUCACCUGACUUCCUCACGUUACUCAACAGACUUUAUACAAAGAAGAUUACAACUCAAGUCCAAUUUUGGUGAGAACUUGGAGAAAUUAUUGACACAUUCUGUCAUGAUCACCAAAACGAAGGAGUGUACAUGUUCCAAGUAGCUCAUCACAUGAAGGAGCUUUCUUAUGUCUUAUACAAAGACUGGUACAAAAAGGCCUGUGAUAGGCACCAAUCUGUCAAAGAAGAGAUAGUAAAAAAAGAAGAAAUGGCUAAAACGCCUCAGAACGAAGAUGUCAAGAAUGAUGAAGAUCCUGAUGAGAAGCCACUACAAGAGUAUCCGCAUCCUGGAGAGAUGGACUUCAGUUGGCUUAGGGAUAAAAAUCACUCACAGAAGAGGACCUUGAAAGAGCACAAAAAGUAGACCAGUUAUACCUAGUGAAAUGGAGAAGUCUCUCAUAC